AUGGUAGUAAUCGGUGCUGAUGUAAAUUCAAAGACUGAAGAGACCCAGGAAACAGCACUCACUCUUGCUGCUUGUGGGGGAUUCAUAGAAGUUUGUAAGAUGCUUUUGGACGCUGGUGCUGAUAUAGAGGUUGGAGGUGUUGGUUGUUCUACUCCACUCAUGGAGGCUGCGCAGGAAGGGCAUUUAGACUUAGUUGCUGCUCUUAUCAAGCGCGGUGCCAAUGUUAACUCAAUAACAGCCACUGGUGAUACUGCUUUGCAUUAUGCUGCAGAGAAUGGGCAUGUAAAAGUAUGCCAACUUUUAUUAGCAAGUGGUGCCGACAUAAAUGCAAUGCCUGAAGGUGGCAGAACUCCACUCAUGAAAGCGGCUCGAGCGGGACAUCUUGAGGUUGCCCAGUUGUUUGUCGAGCGUGGGGUACCAAUUAAUCAGGCCACCGUUCAGAAUGAUGCAAACGUCCUUUCUUUGGCCUGCAAUGGUGGCCAUGUCAAGGUCGUUGAGUACCUUAUCCAAAAUGGCGCUGAUCCACAAUAUCUAUUGCGAGACGGCUGCACCAUGCUGAUAGAAGCUGCGAGAUCAGGGAAUUCCAAUGUCCUUCGUCUCCUUCUUGACUACCCUAAGUGUCUGAUCCCUCCUUCACCUCCCCCACAUCCUCCUCCACCACCGCCCCCUGUCUCCGUAUCUGCAGGCAAUAUUCUUUCCACUGGUACACAUACCCAUCAUACUGCGCAUUGCUUGGCUUCAUCAGGGGCUGGAGAUUUGGCUGUCGGGCAGCCUCUGCCCAUCCACUCGGGACAUUUGGCGCCUCAUGUUCAUCAUUCGCAAAUGAUCCCCUCUACAAUACUGUCUUUUCCGCUAGCCACAUCAGCCUCAGCUUCUUCCACUGGCCUGCCAUUAAAUACAGUGGUCGGGAAUGGAACUGCCUCCGGCUUACCAGGCGGCAGUGCCCUUCUCUAUGCCACGGGUAAAUCAGAGUCAUUGCCAGGCUUACCAACUAGCUCCCAUGAGGCCGCUGCUCUUGGUGGCCACCUUCCCCAUCUACCUGCUGCAAACCGGUUAUCCCCAGCUAGUCAAUCCGAUGUCACACCUACCGCAAUUAAUUCCGGUGGUCUCACGCUAGAUCAUUUGGAGCCUAUCGGCUCCAAUAAUCCUGGUGCGGCAGGAACGUCUAGUCUUGUUGCUGGAGCCGGUGCUGCUGGUGAUAAUCAUUUGUCUCUUUGGCUCAAUCAUCUUUUCACUUACGUAUAUGCUGUCGGACGAGUGGCUGGUUACGCAGCUGUUCAUCGAAGCCAGCAGUCCGCAGGCCCAGCUACUCAACAUUUUCAUGCGGCUACCUCUGAUGCCUGCUCCAUUGGAAAUGGAGACCUAGUGCCGGGGGCUGCAUCACAUCUGCGGCUAGCCAAUGAUCAAAAGACUUCAGCAGCUAUCCCUAGUCACCAAUGUUGCCAAUCCUUGGCAAAUUCCUCUUUGCAUACUGAUCCAGCUCAUACUUCUCUACCCCCGCCUCCACCACCUCCCUUACCUCAUCAGUGGACUCAACAGCAUCAGUUACUAUUACAGCAAGCGCUGGCCAACGGUGCUAUGUGUCCAGAAGACAUUCGAGCUGGCCUCUUGGCCAUCUUUCAAGAUUUUGUAGUAGAUAAUCGGAAAGACAAAGAGGAGAUUACGAGGUGCUUGGAAGCCUUUAUGUACCCUUUAAACGCACCUUCUAUACGUUCUGGGAUUGAUACAUCCAGUGUAAGCGCUGAUUUGUUGGGUCGACCGAAUGAAGAUGAAGAGGAGACGAAUGAUGACGAUGAGGUUGAGAGAGUCCCGGAAACGUCCGAACGUCAGCAGCUCUUAUCUAUAGGUGGUCUUGCUGAUGAAUCAUCGCUCCAGUUGUGCAAACCGCGCAUCAAGCGUAGCUCUCGAGUAACUGAGUCAUCUACAGUCUCAGUGGUCCAAAACCGGCACGCUUAUCAGAUGGCAGGUGGGGAUUUCGCUCUUCCGAUAGAUGAUCCUGGUCAAUCUGGUCAGCCUUGUAAUUCGGGUCUACUCUCUGCCUGCCCCAUUGUGGCCUCCUUGGCUAGCACCUCAGCUAUCGGGACUGUCAGUACAUCUCUCUCUUCCCCGAUUCCUGGUUCAUUUUUGCAUACACUGAUCUCCGAGCAAGCCGUCUCCCGAGGAUCAGGGAUUACAACAUCCCCAGUUGUCGCCACUGCCAGCUUGAAUCUGCCUAACAGUAUCUCUUCACCAGCUACCUCGUCCGAGGGUCGGUCAUCAGCGGCCUCUUUGGCCUCUUCUUCAUCGUCCACCUCGUCCUCGUCGUCUUCCUCUUCAAUACCCUCUUCGGAGGUCUCUCUGGAAGCGAACAAGCGGCAAAAGCAUUAUUUCGUCCAGCAACAGCAACGGAAGAAAAAGAAGCUGCCGUCUGACAAGCCAUUUGGAGUUCUGUCCGAGACGAAGUCCCCCAGCUUGACUAUAGGGCAGGCUAUCAAGACGGAAUUCCUCGAUUCUAUGUCUCCUAAUGGUAUAGCCAAUGCUUCCUCGGGUCUGAACGUGCAUAUGUCCUGUGCUGGUAGCAGCGCGGCACUCUUGACUUUACCCACAGGCCAGCAGCUGCAUCUGGCCCACAUGAUGGCUAACGGGACAAAUAUGUCUUCUGGCUCUAUUUAUUCUGAUCAGCUCACGGGCCUGACCAGCGAAGCUUCCUCGGCUCCAUCCACAUUAGGACACGACCUAGCUAGUUACAGGCCCCUUGUGAGAACCUUAAUUAUUCUAAGCCUCCCUAUCUCAAAUAUCUCAAAUACUCUGAAACUAUAA